AUGCGUCCAACCUCGCUGCUAGUGCUGGCCGUCGUCGUGUCUGCGAGUGCCGUUUCGGCCUCAGUGAUCCGGCCCCAGACUCGCCAGUUAGAGUAUGCGGUCGCUACAACUGAGAACGGAGUCGUGCGAGGUGAGGUAGUGACCUCGCUCAACGGGACGCCCUACAAGCGGUUCCUCGGCAUCCCAUACGCCACACCGCCGACUGGGGACCUCCGCUUCAAGGCUCCGCUGCCGGCAGCCAACUGGACUGGAGUCAGGGACGCCCUCACCUUCGGCCCCAGGUGCUCACAGUCUGGCCGGGGCUCUGAGGACUGCCUCCACAUCAACAUCUUCGUACCCCAGACGGACGACGUCUCUCCACUGCCUGUAAUGUUCUACAUCUACGGCGGAGGCUUCACUGCUGGCACGUCCAACGGAAAGGCACCAGACUACUUCGUGGAGAACGGUAUCCUCCUAGUGACUUUCAACUACCGCCUGGGUCCUCAGGGGUUCCUGAGCCUGCAGAACGUCGACAUCCCGGGGAACGCGGGCCUCAAGGACCAGCUGCUGGCGCUGCAGUGGGUACAGAGGAACAUCGCGGCCUUUGGUGGUGACCCCACCGAGGUCACCAUUUUCGGAGAGAGCGCUGGCGGUGCCUCAUCGUCAUUCCUGUUCCUCUCGCGGAAAGCCGAGGGCCUGUUCCGGGCAGCGGUGAUGGAGAGCGGCGUCGCCUCCACCCCGUGGGCGCUGCAGCCCAGCCCGCGCGACGUCGCCUACCGGCUGGGCGCCGCCCUGGGCUUCCAGCAGCAGGGGGACAACGCCACACUGGACGACGAACGCCUCGCAGCCUUCCUGAGGGCGGCCGACCCAGAGGACCUGUCGACGGCCCAGAUCGAUGGGUCUCCUGGUAUAAUAGCCUUCGCUCCAGUGGUAGAGGCACCGUCCGACUCUGCGGUGAUCACCGAGCUUCCUGAGGUCAGCCUGAGUGAGGGCCGCUACAAUAGGGUGCCCUUCAUGGUCGGCGUCACAUCGGGGGAAGCCAGUUUGUUCGCCUUACUGGCGGGAUUUAUGAACGAGUCAGAAGCUUCUGAGACCUUCGUGCAGUCGGUGGCCGACCAAAUUCCUCUUCCCACAGAGGAGGAACGGAUUGAGGCUGCCAAACGUGUCGAAGAGUUUUACUUCGGAUCCGAAGGGUACAGUGUGAACAAGACACAAGCAAUCAGUGACGUGAUAAUAGCACAUGUAGACAUAUGA